AUGCCGCAUCAGGGCCCGCGCCCCUCUCUGUUCGUGCCUGAGGUCUCCUUCGAGCUGCUGGUAAAGAAGCAGGUCAAACGCCUGGAGGAGCCCAGCUUGCGCUGUGUGGAGCUGGUCCACGAAGAGAUGCAGAGGAUCAUCCAGCACUGCAGCAAUUACAGCACGCAGGAGCUGCAGAGAUUUCCAAAACUCCACGAGGCCAUCGUGGAAGUCGUCACUUCCCUCUUGAGAAAGAGGCUGCCCAUCACUAACGAGAUGGUCCACAACUUGGUUGCCAUCGAGCUGGCUUACAUCAACACAAAGCAUCCGGACUUUGCAGACGCCUGCGGGGUCAUGAACAACAAUAUCGAGGAGCAAAGGAGAAACCGGAUGAGAGAACUGCCCACUGCGGUAUCGCGGGAUAAGGUACGUUUCCUCUUUAAUAUUCAUGAAAGAAAAGGUUUGAGAUGCUAUUUUAGGGAGAUUUAAAUAUAUUGUUUUGUUUUGAACCUCAAAAAGAAGGAAGAGCUUCCAUAAAGGAACCAAAUGACUUUGGA